AGGACACUGCCGCACGGUCGCACGCCGACGCCUCCAGAGACACCUCCACCUCCACCUCCAGGGGGCGGGCCAACGAACGGCUCGAUGCGGGCUUGUGUGGCCCGUGUUCGCCGAUAAAAAGGGUGCCGCGCUCGGGAGCUUGACCGCACUGCACACACUACCACACUCCCCACUCUCCCACGCCACGCCGACUAGCCUCCUCCGUUCCCCUCCUCUCUUCUUGCUUGCUCGGACCUCGGCGAGGCGUCGGCGAGAGAGCGAGAGCGAAAGCUCCCUUCUGCUGCUGCAAUGGCGGUUCCUCUGGUGCUCGUGCUCUUGGUCGCCAUGUUCACCGGCUCAGAUGCGAUGUACUGCGUGUGCAAGUCGGACGCGAACCCGGCGGCGAUGCAGAAGGCCAUCGACUACGCGUGCGGCAAGGGCGCCGACUGCACCCAGAUCACCUCCAGCGGGCCCUGCUUCCAGCCCUCCUCCGUCGUCGCCCACUGCUCCUACGCCUGCAACAGCUACUACCAGAAGAACGCCGGCAUGGGCGCCACCUGCGACUUCAUGGGCGUCGCCACCCUCGUCGCCGCCGACCCCAGCGCCGGAUCCUGCAAGUACCCCGCCAGCGCUAGCGGCGUAGGCACCGGCGGCAUGGGCACCGGCGGCACAGGGAUGGGCACCGGCGGCAUGGGCACCGGCACAGGCAGCACCGGGACAGGCACGGGCGUCAGCACCGGCACAGGCAGCACCGGGACAGGCACGGGCGUCAGCACCGGCGGCAUGGGGAGCAUGACCCCGCCGGGCGCGACCAGCACCGGGAUGCCGGGGAGCCCCUUCGGCGGCGGCGCGUACGGCCCGUCGGGCAUGAACCAGGACUACAACGCAGCCGCCGUCGGUCGCCGCGUGGCCUCCGCCGGGCUCCUCGUGGCGGCAGCCGCGCCGCUCCUCCUCCACCUCAUCUGAUGCGGUGGUGACCACUGGCUGGCCGCGCGUCGGCAAUGCGGGUGCGGCGCCGCGCGCCCCCGCCGCUUUUGUGCCCGCUCGCUCGCCUGCAUUUCCGGCGUCGUUUUGAUGGUUCGAUCGGACGUACUGGUAGCGUAGUGUGUGUGUGUCUGUCCAUGAGUACUAGCACUCUUAUUAAGCUGACCACCCCAUGUGGUGUCUGUACCGGUGCGGGUCGUGGUAGAGUUGAUGAGAUCUGGUAGGGGAUUCUUUCUUCCUUCUCGUAGCGGUGACGGUGUUCCGAGACAUAUAAUUAUGUGUUGUCGUUCCAACCUCGUCUGUUUGCAUGCCACUUUUGUGCUGCUAGCUCA